AUGGUAGCGACGCGUCUCUGGGAGAAUGUUAAUGUUCUACGGGGCGGCUCUAUUUUGGAGUUCUUGGACGCACUCAUUAAGAGCGCACCAACACAUCAGAUCAUUCGCGCAUCAGCCAUUUUCUGGGUUCUGUGGAAGGCUAGGAAUGAUAAAAUCUGGCGAGACACUUCUAUUUCAUCCGAGUCAUUACUAAUCCAGGUACACUCUCUACAGGCUCUUUGGUCCUCUAUCAUGCGAACACCUGGGGAGGCAUCAUCUUCUACAGCAUCUAGCGCUAUCUGGACUCCACCGCCAGCUAAUUGGCUGAAAUGUAAUGUGGAUGCAGCUCUCUUCGCUACUGGGGCAGGCUUUGGAGCCGUGGUUCGUAAUCAGGAUGGUAACUUCGUGGCGGCCAAAGGUGGCAGGCUUGGAAGUAUUCAAGAUCCGUUACUAGCUGAGGCCUUGGCGAUUGCACAAGCGCUGGAUUGGUUACAAAGUAUAGGUCUUAAUAAUAUCAAUUUAGAGACCGAUUGUUUAUUGUUUAUUUCAGCUUUUAAUUCUGGUCAUUCUGAUUUUUCGUAUGUUGGGUCAAUUGUAAAGCAAUGUUUUCAAAUUGCUAAUGACAUUGGGACCGUUCAGGUUCGCCAUGUCAGGAGGUCAUCGAAUCAUGUAGCUCACGUUCUUGCGCGGGCAACAGAUUCUUCGUCUGUCCUAGGGUCGUGGUUGGUUAACCCGCCUUCGUGUAUUGCCGCUCUUCUGAGCUAUUAA